AUGGCGAGCAACUCUAUCAAGGUCGUCGCUCGUUUCAGGCCGCAAAACAAAGUCGAACUCGCCAGUGGAGGUACUCCUAUCGUCCAGUUCGAGAGCCCCGAUACCUGCAAUGUCCAAUCAAGAGAUGGCGGCGGCGGCGCCUUCACCUUCGACCGCGUCUUCGAUAUGGGCUGUCGCCAGUCCGACGUCUUCGACUUCUCCAUCCGUCCCACCGUCGACGAUAUCCUUAAUGGUUACAACGGAACAGUCUUUGCAUACGGUCAGACCGGUGCCGGAAAGUCGUAUACCAUGAUGGGCUCAGACAUUGGCAGCCCUGACCACAAGGGUGUCAUUCCGCGCAUUACUGAGCAGAUCUUUGCUUCCAUCAUGGCCAGCGAGAGCAACAUCGAAUACACAGUCCGAGUCAGCUACAUGGAAAUCUACAUGGAACGCAUUCGCGAUUUGCUCGUCCCGCAAAACGACAACCUGCCCGUUCACGAGGAAAAGAACCGUGGUGUCUACGUCAAGGGUCUCAUGGAAGUCUACGUCAGCAGUGUCGAUGAGGUUUACCAAAUCCUAGAGCGAGGAGGCAUGUCUCGUGCUGUCGCUGCUACAAACAUGAACCAGGAAUCCUCCCGUUCUCACUCCAUCUUCGUCAUCACCGUCGGCCAGAAGAACGUCGAGACCGGAAGUGUCAAAUCGGGUCAGUUGUUCCUGGUCGAUCUGGCUGGUUCGGAAAAGGUUGGAAAGACUGGAGCCAGCGGUCAAACACUCGAGGAAGCAAAGAAGAUCAACAAGUCGCUGAGUGCUCUGGGCAUGGUCAUCAACGCCUUGACUGACGGCAAAUCCUCUCACGUCCCCUAUCGUGACUCGAAACUCACUCGUAUCCUACAAGAAUCUCUUGGUGGUAACUCGCGCACCACCCUCAUCAUCAACUGUUCACCCUCGAGCUACAACGAUGCCGAAACCGUUUCUACUCUCCGCUUUGGUAUGCGAGCAAAAUCCAUCAAGAACAAAGCCAAGGUCAACCAAGAACUCUCUCCUGCCGAGCUCAAGGCUCUGCUCCGCAAGGCUCAGUCCCAAGUUUCCAGCUUCGAAACAUACAUCUCAAACCUCGAGUCAGAAGUUGGCUCCUGGCGAAAGGGUCAGACUGUACCGAAAGAGCAGUGGACUCCUACACUCAAAGAUGGUCCCGCCAAGUCUACACCUCGUCCCGCCACUCCAUCACUACUCGGCGAACAACGAAAAGGUGCAGAGACACCUACUUCAUCAAGGCCAGACUCUAGAAUGGAUCUGGAGCGCGCCGGCACUCCAACAACUGCUUUGGAGAAAGACGAAAGAGAAGAAUUUUUACGACGCGAGAACGAAUUACAGGAUCAGCUUGCUGAGAAAGAGUCUGUUAUUGCUACAACUGAAAAGGCCCUUCAAGAUACACGUCAAGAGUUGCGUGACCUGAGGGAAACACACGGCCGUGUCAACAAGGACAACGAGAAACUUGCUGGCGACGUAGAAGGCUUGAAAAUGCAAGUUGAGCGUAUCACCUUCGAGACAAAAGAAGAGUCCAUCAUGAUGGACAGUCUCAAGGAAGCGAACAACGACCUCUCUAACGAACUUGAUGAGUUACGCAAAGAGCUGCUCGAGGCUAAGAUGAAUGCUCGUGAGACAUCAGCCGUCAUUGACGAGAAGGAGAAGCUGAAGAAGGAGCGCAUGGCUCAAAUGAUGGCUGGCUUCGAUCUUGGAGACGAAGUCUUCUCGGAGAACGAACGCAGCGUACAAGAGGCUAUCAAGCAGCUUGAUGCGCUCCUCGAGUCUGCCUCCAAGGGUGAAACACUUGGUCCCGAAUCUCUGUCAAAACUCAGAGAGAGGUUGGUCGAGACUCAAGGUGCUAUUCGUCAAGUAGACCACUCCAGCCAAGGCGGUGCUCUGGAGCACAAGCUUCUGACUGUACAAAAGCAGUACGAAGACCUCCUGCAAACGAAUCNNUCCGAGGCCGAUGUCGAAGAUGUCAAGCGUCGUCUACAAGAAUCGCUCGCAUCACAUACUGGCGGCGAAGCAGGAUCCUCAGAUCUCAACGCUGCUCUGGCUCGUCAGCAAGAAGAGAACACUCGUAUGCGCAACGAGGUAGAGUCUCUGAGGAGGCAAACAGUAAAUGGAGCAAAUGGCGCCAAGUCGUUGCACCAACAACUGGCAGACUUUGACGCAAUGAAGAAGUCAUUGAUGCGUGACUUGCAAAACCGCUGCGAGCGCGUUGUAGAACUUGAGAUCUCGCUUGACUCAACUCGAGAGCAAUACAACAGCGUGCUUCGCUCGGCAAACAGCAAGCAACAACAGAAGAAGCUGGCCUUCCUCGAACGCAAUUUGGAACAGCUAACUCAAGUCCAAAGGCAACUGGUCGAGCAAAACGCCCAACUCAAGAAGGAGGUCGCCAUUGCCGACCGCAAGCUUGCGGCACGUGGAGAGCGCAUUCACGGUUUGGAGCAAUUGCUCGGCGAGAGUCAAGAAAAGCUCAUGCAGGCUAACCAUCGGUACGUUGACUCUUAUCACAGAAGCAUGUCAAUAAAGGAGCGCCUCGAAGCCGCCAAGGUCAGCGCUGCCUCCCGCAACGGCAACAUUACCGGCGCUGGUGGUGCAGCCCCCAAUGGUUUUGGCAGCGAACUCGGCAGCCGCAUCGCGAAACCCCUUCGCGGUGGUGGUGGCGCAGGUCCCAUGGUCCCUACCCUCGCCGGCCUGCAACAACAGCAACAGCAAGAGGGCCCAAAACGCAGCAGCUGGUUCUUCAACCAGAGAACCUAA